AUGGUUUUCGUUUCCUUCCCAGAAUUGUUUGAGAAGAAGAACUAUGAGCUGAGAAUAGCAGGAGGUGCUGUGAGGGAUUUGCUGAGUGGAAUGACACCGCAAGAUAUAGAUUUUGCCACUACAGCUACACCAGCAGAGAUGAAGGAAAUGUUCACAUCUGCUGGUGUUCGCCUGAUCAAUAACAAAGGAGAAAAACAUGGAACCAUUACUGCCAGGCUCCAUGAACAGAAUUUUGAAAUUACUACUCUUAGAAUAGAUGUUGUCACCGAUGGACGACAUGCAGAGGUGGAAUUCACCACUGACUGGGAAAAGGAUGCUGAAAGGAGGGAUCUGACUGUCAAUUCCAUGUUUUUAGGUUUGGAUGGGAUGCUCUAUGAUUUUUUUAAUGGAUAUGAAGAUUUGAAAAACAAGAAAAUCAGAUUUGUAGGAAAGGCAAGUGAGAGAAUACAAGAAGAUUAUUUACGCAUCCUAAGAUAUUUCAGGUUUUAUGGAAGAAUUGCAGAAAAACCUGGUGAUCAUGAACCUAGUACACUGCAAGCAAUUAAAGAAAAUGCCAAAGGUUUGGCUGGAAUAUCGGGAGAAAGGAUUUGGGUGGAACUGAAAAAAAUUCUUCUUGGAAACCAUGUAAAUCAUUUGGUUCGACUUAUGUAUGAGCUGGAUAUUGCCCAAUACAUAGGACUACCACUUGAUGGAAGUUUAGAGGAAUUUGACAGAGUCACUAAAAAUAUUCAAAAUCUGAGUCCAAAACCGAUGACUGUUCUGACAUCAUUGUUCAAGGUGAAGGAUGAUGUCACAAACCUUGACCUGAGGCUGAAAAUCUCAAAAGAAGAAAAAAAUCUUGGCCUUUUUUUAGUGAAGCACAGGCAAGAGUUAACAAAAACUAUGGGUCCAGAACCACUUCGACCAUAUCAGGACUUCAUAAUGGAUUCUAGGGAAGCUAAUACAAAUUCCAAGAUCUGUGAGCUACUAAAAUACCAAGGAGAAGAAAAUCUUCUAAGAGAAAUGCAGGAAUGGACUGUUCCUUCUUUUCCUGUUAGUGGUCAUGAUUUAAGAAAAAUGGGUGUGUCUUCUGGGAAAGAAAUAGGAGCAGCAUUACAACAGUUACGGGAUGAAUGGAAGAAGAGUGGAUACCACAUGGAUAAAGAAGAACUAUUAAGUUGCCUGAAGAAGUUGUAAAAUUGAAUUAUAGUGGAGAACUGUUCAUGUCCUAU